GUUCGGACCACCACUCGCUUGCAGUUCGCAUAUACUCACCACCCUAUCCUUCAUUCGCAUCUGCGUCCCUGUCCGCGCAGAGUAUGCUCUUUGACCCGGAGACUGCAAACAUCCUCAAGCCAUGGCUAGUCAGGUCUCUUGAACCAAUAUGUGAUGCAGAGCCCGGGGCCCUCGGAGACUACAUCCUUGCCCUUUUGAAGCACAAUGCGCCUGAGAACGAGAUGCGGAAGGAGCUGGCAGGACAAUUGGAGGAGUUCCUAGAAAAGGAUGCCGUCAUGGCUUCCGCAGGACCAAUACCUCCGGAACGAGGACGAAAGCGAAGUUUCGAGGGCGACGACCGCGACCCCCGACCGCCAGCUAAAGGUCCGCGCUUAGACCGCGAUGGUCAGUUCUCGCGACAUGGACGCAACGAUGCUCACCGGUCAUCAUGGGGUGGUCAAUCGGCGAGAAUGGGUCUGACCGGGAGAGGGGACUUCAUGGAUGGCGGGAUGGGCAUGGGCAACGGGCCCAUGGGUAUGCAGAAUGGUCAUGGUCGGUACCAACCACCAGGGGCAAUGAAAGGAGUCUGCCGCGACUACUACAACAAUGGGUAUUGCGCUCGCGGUGCCUUCUGCAAGUAUAGCCAUGGCGAGGACGCCGUCAUCCCUUCGCAAUUGUUCCCGAUGAAUGGCGGGGUGCCCUUCAUGCCCAUGAUGGCCAAUGGGAUGGGCAACGUUGCUGGCGCGCCAAACGCUGCUUACGACCCUCACGAGCGCAUGGAUAUGAGGCCAAUGCAGGGGGCAGGUCCGUCCACGGGCAAUCGACCUAUGUACCCUCGCGCGCCCAUGAUACCCAGAGAAGGCGACGGAAGUAACCAUAUAGCGAGGAAACCUGGAGAGCUUCCUGUCAUCCAAGAUCUUACCCCACAUAGACCACAAGACGACCGUCCGCAAUUACCCAGAGAUCAGGUCCCUCGGGCAGAGCCAAUCAUGCAGGAUUCGAACACUCCGAGCGUAAAUCCGAUGAACGGACCCAGCGCGCCGAAUGGUGUGAAUGGGAUGAUGGCAGGCCCUCAGGACGUCGAUAUGGCAGGCCCGUCAAUACCGUACCAACCUACAGGAAUGCGGGGUUCUCGAGGUGGACGAGGAGGCGGUGGUCGCGGAGGGCACGGCAUCUUUGGAGGAGACGCACAGAGUUUCCGUCCUGAGAGGCGUAAUGACAAGACGCUCGUCGUGGAGAAGAUUCCAGAAGACAAACUCAGCCUUGGCUCCGUCAACGAGUGGUUUAAGCGUUUCGGUACGGUCACCAACGUCGCCGUUGACGCGGUCAGCGCGAAGGCGCUCGUCACAUUCUCCAAUCACGAUCAGGCGUUGGCCGCAUGGAAAUCGGAGGACGCCGUCUUCGGGAAUAGGUUCGUCAAGGUAUUCUGGCAUCGACCCAUGGGCGCCCAUGGCCAGGCUGGUCAGCGCGCUCUUGCUGCGUCUGCACCUCUCGUAGCAAAUCUAGCUGUGAAGGACGCCUCACCAGCUGCUUCUGCUUCUGCUUCCACAGAAGCUUCCACUUCUCAACCCGUACCCUCCACCUCGACGCGAGCACGAAAGCCUUCGACGGCUCCUUCAGCAGCUGCAGCGUUAGCCGCGAAGCAAAAACUGCUGGAGCAGCAGAUCGCCGAGCAGAAAUCUCUCAUGGCGCAGCUCUCCACGACCUCCGGUGAGGAGAAGAAAACCAUAAUGACCCGCUUGCGGAAGCUGGGCGAGGAGAUGAAGCCAUCCUCGUCGACCCCUCAAACACCGCCACCCACUAGCAGUACACCGCCUGCGCCCGCUAUCAAGAAAGCAAGGAGUGCUACUCCGAGCGUGGAGGAUAAGCUGCGAUUAGAGCGUGAACGCCUGGAUAAGGAGCUAGAAUUGCAUGCCGUCGCGGCUACGGACGGCGAGGGCGAGGAGAACACGGAGGAGCUGAAGGCAAUGCUGGCCAAGCUGAAAGCGGAGGCUGCGAGUCUCGGCUUAUCAGAUGCCGCCGAGGGUACCUAUCCCAGCAGUACCCACCGACCGUACAGAGGUCGUGCGAGGGGCCGGGUGCUUCGCGGAGGCUAUCGCGGUGCCAUGCGUGGUGGCCCCCCAAGGGGCAGCAUGAAGCUCGAUCUUCGUCCGAAAAAACUUCUGCUCAAAGGCAUCAGUGGCGACAACGUGCAGGCAGUUCGUGACUGGUACGAGCCGGGUGGUCAAGUUGAGUCUGUAGACACCACAGACGACGGUGAUACAAUAGUCGGCUUCAAAUCGAGGAUGGCCGCAGAGCAGGCAUUAUCGAAGGGCACAAGCAUUUCGACUAUCGGUCAGGUUCAAAUUUCCUGGUACCAAACUCAGCAACCCAGCGCUGGAUUGGCGAAACCAGUGCCAGCUCUUCCUGAGACGCCCUCUGGCGUUGAGGAUAAGAACCCGAUUGAAGACCGCCCAGCCUCACCAAGUUCUCCAGAUGAUUCGCAUAUGCACGAAGAGAUGGGUGCAGCUGGUUGGGGCGGCGACGACGCCGAAGACGGAUUCGGGAUGCUUUGACCUGACAGAUUUCAGGAAUUCAAUAAUGUUUUGUUGUCCGCUUUUCUGUACACUGCUCGUUGCGCGUAAUAAUUCACGCAUGGCGACCUCAAUGCGAGGUCGCCCAGGCCACGAACGUGGCAACCAGUACAUCUGUGGUCUCGAUGUCUGUGAUGACGCAACGAAUUCCGCAUGAGCUAUUCAGCUUCAUAACAACAUUGCCGUCGUCUUGUAGUCCGCUCCGAUCAACCUGCAGCGUGGAUGAGACCC